CGGUUAUGCUGCCAGUUCCAGAAAUCUCUGAGGAGGAGAAAGAAGAUGUGUACAGGUAUAUAAGGACCCACAACCUCACAGAAGCAUUAGAGGCUGUGUUGUCAGGAUUGGUAGUGACGAGACCGCCGAAUAGCAUAGAGUACAUUGAGGGCAACUUGGCAGACCUGAAGAACCUACCUUACAAUCAAAUCAAAUGGGACAUGUUGAUUCCGGAGGAACUGAGACCAAAACAAAGAAUAGCAGUGCCCAAUGUUUGGGACAUGGUGUUUGCAAACAAUCAGCGCAACAGCACUGACGACAAAGACGUACCGCCAGAACUGUAUGACAGAGCUUGUAAACACUACAAUCAAAGAAUACUCCGCCUCACAUUUAGUGCAGUGAAGAGUUUCAUUGAGAUCACGCGACGACUGGAGGAGGAGGAGAAGCGGAAGAUGCUGUUAGCCAGGAACUACAACCACGCUCGCAUGUGCACUGCCACAUUCCGCAACUGGAAGACAUGGACAAAAGAUAGAGUUGGCAGGACAAAAGAUGCGACUGAGAGGAUGCGGGAGGUGUUCUCCAACUACGUGCAGCAAGUCAUAUUCGACUCCUGGUACUCCAGUGCGGUGGACGCCAAGAAGACCAGAGAGUACUUCCAGAGAUUAGAAAGCGGAGACAAGGCGCAACAGCAGGGGGGAACUAAUCGGGACGAGGAUGUGGCUGGGGUGGAGGAUUUGCAUGCAGAGGGCGAGGACAGAGUCUCUCGUCUGCCAGUUGAGGUGGCUGCCCAUAUCUUCACCUCCCUCUCCCUCCAAGACAUGGCCCAAUGUGCUCUCGUCUGCAGGUCAUGGAAGGUCAUCAUUCAAUCCAGUCCCCUCUGGAACAAGGUUGACCUCAGUCCUUUUGGACCCAGUUUGAGUGACAAGAAACUCAUCAAUGUGCUCACUAUUGGGAGGCCUUUUGUGGUGCACUUGAAUCUCCAAGGCUGCAAUUGUUUGAGCAGUGACGGGUUUGGAUUCAUCGCACAAUGUCGUAAUCUUCAGGAUGUGAACUUUUCCUUCACAAACGUUACAGACGAGGCAAUAGAAGAUAUAGGCUUUAGCAGUGGCUCUCAGAUGCUCUAUUUGAACAUUGCGAACAGCAAAAUCAGCGAUAAGGCACUCCGAUCCAUAAGCAGUUUUAUGCCCCACCUGCAGUACUUGAAUGUGGGCUACUGUCCCCUGGUGACCGACAAGGGACUCUACCACCUCUCCAAGGGCAGAUUAUCCACCCAGUUCAGACAUCUGGACCUGUCUGCUACCCUCAACAUCAGUGCCGCUGCCUACAAAUAUGUUGGGUCUUCUUUUGUUAACCUCAGGUCUUUUUACUGCAACAACAACCGCAACAUCGACAACCAAGCUUUGCAACUGGUGGUGAAGGGGUGCCGUAAGCUGCGCUCUGUCAGUCUGCGAAUGUGUCCCGCACUGAGUGAUGAGUCACUCGUCCAGCUUUCUACGCUCUCUUUCCUCACUUGGCUCCGAUUGGAAGAGAACAGUCGUGUGUCGGACAAAACCCUCUCGGCCAUAGGAGACAGAUGCAGCUCCAUUCGCCAUCUGUACGUGACAGACUGUGCUAGAAUCACAGAAAUUUCGAUGAGGUCAUUUGCCCUGCACAGGAGUCUGGUUGUGAUCAACUUAGCCGACUGUAUCAGGAUAAGUGAUACUGCAGUACGUGCACUAGUGGAGGGUGCGAGUGGACCGAUAGUGCGUGAACUGAAUCUGACCAACUGCAUCCGAGUCACAGACGCGUCCAUCCUCAGGAUCUCGCAGAGAUGCACCUCCCUGCGCUAUCUGAGUUUGUGUCACCUGGAACUGCUGACUGAGGCCAGCAUGGAUUUCAUAUCCCAUAUCAAGACACUCCACUCUCUCGACGUCACAGGCUGCAAUGUACAAGACGGGGGUCUGCACAAUCUGAGUGGGUGUAGUCACCGACUGUCGCAGUUGGUGCUGGUGGCCAACACUCAAUUGAGUGACCUUGGGGUGCAGAAGCUGGUGAGCAGUGUGCCCAACAUAGAGAGCAUCAACCUCUCCUUCUGCGUGUCACUCUCAGACGGCGCCUUCAAGAACAUCGCCUACUCUUGCAGGCGCCUCACUGUACUCGGGCUAGCCGGAUGCACGCUCGUGGGAGACAUGACUCUGCAGUACAUCAGUGGGGCUUGUCCCUUCCUCACUCAGCUGGAUGUGUCUGGCAUCGUGGACCUCACAGACAAGUCCCUCAAAUUCAUCCGCAAGGGGUGCAAGAGACUCAGAGUCCUCAUCAUGCUCUACUGCCGCAACAUGACCAAAGGGACGGUGAGCAAACUGAAACAAUGGAUCGAAGUGGUUGAAUGGAGUAGCAACAUCCCCCCACCCUCAUUCAAGCUGCACCUGAACUCAGUGGCCAAUUUGGUGCCCAUUCCACAGUUACCCUCCCAGCCCCACCCACACCCCAACAAUACCAGCCAUAAUAACCCACCUCAGCUCACGAUGACUAAACCAGUCAAGUGAUUACUAGUAGUCAUGCCUCAAACUACCAAGAAUAUCGGAACAAACUUCAAUCACUGAUCUAAAGUUUUCUAUUACCUUCAAUUUAGUAA